AUGGGUUUGUUCAGUGCACUUUUCCAUCCCAAGAAGCUCCCCAUGCUCGUGGUCACCCUCGAUGCACUUGGAACAUUGUACAAUUUCCGGCACCCGGUAUCUGUGCAGUACCUCCAAGUUGCUGAGAAUUGCGGUCUCAAGGCCAAAGUCGAUCUCCAACAGCUAGAUCGCUCGUUUAGAUCUUCCUUCAAGCAUUACAACGCAGCCCAUCCCAACUAUGGCAAGAAGACACUCGCGAGUCCUGAGGAAUGGUGGACGAAGGUCGUCAACCGGGCUUUCGGCAAUCUUGUGGAAGGAGGAGAGGCGACACUGCCAAAGGAUUUGGGGUCUGCCCUCUAUACACACUUUUCCUCCGGUGCUGCCUAUGAACCUUUUCCCGACGUGAAGCCUUUUCUCCAGAGUAUGGCUGCUCUCAAGAAACAGUUUGCCGAUCCAGAAGGACCCCUCGUGGCAACUGGGAUUGUCACAAACUCCGAUCCUCGAGUCAGGGCGGUGUUACAGGACAUGGGUUUCCGCGUAGGACCUUCGACCAUGCCCGAUUUCGAAAGUGUAAUGAAAACACACAUGAAUAGCCUCCGCGACCCGUCCAAAGUGUCUUUCGACAGUCCCUUCAGAGACUAUUACAGCCUCCAGAACGACUUCGAUUUCCUUUGCACGAGCUACGACGCCGGCGCGGAAAAGCCACAGGAGAAAAUCUGGCUGGAAGCCCUCAGGCUUGUGUUCCCGAUGCCUAUUUCUCGAUCCGAACAGAACUGUGAGCCGGCCUCCAGCAUAACGGAAGCAUUCAGAAAGGUGUCAUCGGCCAUCAGCCAUCAGUCCGACAUUUCGAGGAUGCUGCGGAUCCAUAUCGGAGACGAGUACUCCAAAGACUAUGUCGGCGCUGUCGGUGCUGGCUGGGAAGCUCUUCACCUCGAUCGAGAGGGAAGUGGUGCCGAAUCGGCGAACGGUGUCAAAGUCGUCCAGUCCCUCGACGAAGCUGCCAUGGUUAUAAAUCUGAUGGCCCGAGAGUAUUUCGUUCAAGCUGAAGACUGA